UGGAGAGGAAGUCAUCAUCCAACAUUUAAACGCUGGAGCUUUUGUGAUGAUCUCCAGCAUAAUGGACAUGCAAGGCUAAACUAGACACAUGAAUCAGACAGGUGUGUAGCUGGUCUACGUGUUUCUACCACACAGUCUCGCUGCGGUGUGGUUGAACGUGUCCCACCGCUAGACACUGUCACACUCCCAGUACAGACACUAACACUGGUGAGUGGAGGUUAACGGUGUUAGCUAAAGCUAACGGUAGCUAGCUAGAUAACGGUGGCUGCAAACAAAUGAAACCGUAUGUGGUGAAAGCUAACGUUACUCCUGGGCCCGAGUCGACACAUGCUGUAAGCCAAAGUUAGAGUCGGCGUUAGCAGAAAGCAGAAAGCAUGCUUUGAGAGGUAACCAGGUCUCCUGGUUGAGGAACCAGCUCCAGCUCCGUGCUGCAGGAUUCUGGCGUUAGUUGGGCUCAUAUCAGAUGGAAGACACAUUCUCUGCAAUGAUCCUAUCAGCUGAUUUAGAAGAUUCAGCUACUAUGCCUUCCAUUGGACUGCUUUUGUAAACGUGGUAGCCAUGUCUUCUCGUAAGGUAGAUGAGCUACCGAGCGACACCAAGGGUUUGGCUUCAGGCUCUGCACAGAAUUCCCCAUGUGGCCCCGAUGACAUCACGGAAGAGCCUCAGCCGGAAACGAUGAACGCUGCGGUGAAAUCCCAGAAAUCUGGAAAAUUUCGGAGGACUGCCCUGACGUUUUUCGGAGUUCGUAAAGGCAUCUGUAUUUUGCCUAGUUUCUUUGGAGGGAGGAGUAAAAAUCCGAACAAGUGGUCUUCUAAGAAAGGAAUCAACAAAAGCAGAACGCAUGAUGGGAUAAGUAAGGUUAGUCAUGAUGACAAUCUGAGCAGUCGCUACACCUCAGCUGGAGAUUUUGAGUACCGCGGCCAGAGGGACUGUGCUGGAGAGCUCCACAGUAGCUGCCACAAUGAAUGUAGUCACCACGCUGCUGACCAGAAAUCACUGACUCUUACCCGGCAGAAAAGGGGUUUUAGGAGUCUUUUUCAAAGUUUUAAGUAUCACAGAAACCAUAGAAAUGCUGGAUCGGAUAAAACCGAAAUGAUCGCAAUGUCCUCUCCUCGCUGCAAGAAAGAGGUGCCUGUUGUCCCGGACAACACCAACCAGUAUGUCACAGAGUGCCUGGGAUUUGAACCUGAUGUGCCUGACUUUGCAGAUGUUGUAUGUGAUAUUUCCAUUGGUGCUGAAUGUAUUGAGCUGCCAUCAGAGAAGAGUGUGGAGCAAGACAGCCCAAAGUCCGAGCUUGACGAUGAGAUUUGUGAUGAGGAAAUUAGUCUGAUGGCUGUGGUGUCCAGCGAAUUGAAGGAGAGUUCCAGAGGACACAGCGAGCCUUGUCUGAAACUUCAGACGAUGUCUGAGCCCACGUUGAAGUCCGAAACACCUGCUGGCUCGUCGGAUCAGCUGAACCUGAUUUAUGGAGACGUUGCAUCAUUGAAGAGCUUUGAUUCGCUCACUGGCUGCGGGGACAUUAUUGCAGAUCAAGAAGACGACAGCAUCACAGAGAGCACGGUUUCUGGAGAGAGGAGCAGGAAUGGAGGAAAGAGGGCCUCUUGUUAUCUUACGUAUCAGGGCGGCGGCGAAGAAAUGGCCUCCCCCGAAGAUCUGGACGAGGAGUGUGAUUUCUGGGGAAAUAGUGUGACAGAGGAAAUUUGCUGUACUUGCAACCAAGAACACACAGAUUUGACUGCUGACCUGUCAAGUUCUCACAAUAUGGACUUGCUGAACAGUAACAGUGCACAGCAAGCCAGUGGCAUGGACACUUCUUCAAUUGCUGAUGUGUUAACUCCUCAAAGCGAGCAUCAAGAAUCAGUUCCAAACAGCGACGAGGGCUACUAUGAUUCAACGACCCCGGGGCCAGAUGAUGGACAGGAAAAAGCUGACAGACUAAGGGCAGAGAGAUUACCCAGGGACAGCUACAGCGGCGAUGCCCUCUAUGAACUUUUUGCACCUGACGAGAGCCUCAUCAGUCCACAUUAUGAAAACAAAUCAAAGCUGCCCAGUUCAAAACAAUGCGAGUAUUUAAGUGAGCCAUGUGUUGAUGUGACAGAUUCCGUCUUUGUUCCAGACAUGAAUAGAUUACAAAUAAGUGCUGAACUGUACAGAGUUGGCGAUUUUCUAGAGACGCCGAGCACAUGCGGUAAAUCCUCGGAGUUGGCACAAAAUACGGUCAGUCGGCAGGAAAUCAGCACAAAUAAAAAUUGUAAUUUGAAUUCAAAAUCACAAGCAUCAGGCAACAAGAAUAAUCCGUCAGAUGUAUUUGAUGAAAAAGGAAAUGCUUCCACCGAAAAAAGAACAAAAUCCAUAAAUGCUGAUUGUGAGAAAAGGCACAGCAGCGUAUCAUUCGGAAGCACAUCCGACCCCGAUUUUGAAACAUUUUGUGAACCCAAAGAGCAACAUCUGGAGGAAAACAAGCCUGUGGCUUUACCAUACAAAAACAUCAAUUCUCCAUCUCCAGAUGACAACAAUGACUUGGAUGAUGGACAAACUGUGUGUUUCUCUCAAGCACUUGUGGACUACACAAAACAAUCUCAGAUGCUGAGCAACUUGCACAACAACGCGGACGAUUUGGAGACAAACUCUGCCUUCACCCCAAACAUGCAGGCCUUACCUACCAUAGUCACAUUUGAUGUAGUGGAUAUGCAUAACGAGGGGGAAUACGACGAGCAGAUUCACAUGGAGCUGGAGGAGGACAUUUCAUCGCCCUAUCAGGAGUUUGAAGAGAGCUACUUACAAAAAGAUGCAUUUGCUGAAUGUGACUAUCAAAUGUUAGACCUGUAUGAGCAGAACAUGAUCAGUAACACAUGGGCAAUUGCUACUCUGCCACGGCACCUAGGCCUUACAAGAGUCAGUCAGUCCAUGCCUAAUCCAUUGUCUCUGGACAGGAGAAGUAGGUCUCUGGACACAGAAAGCCUUGAGUUGAAGAUGCCUGACGUAUACAGGGAGAACAGAGCUGCUAUCGUUUCUCGUUCUCAAACCGAACAGGACUCUGAAAGAGAUUCUUCAGCAUAUUACAAAAAGAAUGUACUCGUGUCUGCGUCCGAGGUUAGAGACAGUAGUAGCAUUAUGGCCUUAUCGUGGCAAACAAGGUCAGAAAUGUCUUUAAGCCUUCCUCUGACAGACGGGGGAUUCACUGACAAAGUUCAGAGUCAAUCCCAAGUGAAGCGCAAAAUAUUUUCCAGUUCGUCCAGCAGUGAUUGCCCCAACAGUAAAUCACAACUUUGCUCGAAGGUGUCAGACAGAGAUUUAAUAUCACAGAAUGCAGAGCUGUACAACAGGCAGCGUCACCCUCCAUCUCAGUCAGAUUUACCUCACAGCACCUUCGUUUAUCCUGGAAUGAUGGACGACGAAUCAGAUGAUGUUGAUGAGGAGGUUUUUUGUAAAGCCGCCACCAAUUUGCAAUCCUAUAAUCAGUGUGGUAAAAGCAGACCGGUGGCUAACAGGGAAGGGACAUCUCAUACUGGGAGUCCUCUGAACGCAGGUGUGUCUAAAGAUGAAAUGGCCGUCCUCACCCAGGGAUGUGGCCUGCAACAAACUCCCCGAGGCGACCUUUAAUUGAAAGGCUCUUGGCAUUGAAAUCACAUGUAUACAGUAUGUGCUAAUGAGUGCUUAUUUUAUGUUACAUCCAAAGGAGUAAUUGUUGCUUAUUUUUUACUUGCACAACGGAUUCAUUUGAAAAGUUGUUGUACACUGUGAGAGACGGGACAUGAAUUGAAGUUUGAAAUUAUUCUGAAAUGUAGAGUCUGUGCCAUCAUGCUGUGUCUAGUACAUGGCUGUCUCAUUCGGAAGUCAAAAGGGAUUUUCUUAGGGCUGACCCGAAUGCGUCAAAGCUUUGAAGCUUCGACCGUUGCCAUGGUAUUUGACCUCCAAAUCACUAUUCGUAUCCUUCGGAUUUUUUAAAAAAUAUAUAAGAAUGUAAUAAGUAAGGGAUAAUGUACAGCGAGCCGGUCAUUGUUAUGAAAGAAACCCCGACAGGGCGAUGCCGCACCCCAACGCAAAGCGAAGGGGUCUGUCAUCGUCCUGAAGGGG